AUGUGUGUGGGUGUGGGAUUUGUGAAGUUUGCCGAGCGAGAGGAAGGGAACACCCCCUACCACAGACAGUACGACUUCCUCAUCCACCGCUUUGCCUCUCUUAGCCUCACCAAGAAUGUCGACGACGCCGACAAAUAUCACGAGACGCAGAUGGCUGGGUUGCAACGGCUGAGGGGAGUAAUAAAGAAGAUUGGUCGGCAAGACAACCUCCAGAUGAACAUUUGGGACCUAGAUCACAUGAACAAGAUAGUGCCGCCCUUCCUCUUCAAUAUGCACAGUCACAGUGUCGCCCAGUCAAGAGAGUCUGGUGAGAUCCAGCCUGUUGUGGAGGAGGGAGACAGUCUGGGAGGGUACUCUCAAGAUAGUCUCACUGAGCUCAUCACUUUUGCCGGACUCUCACAUCGACAGUGUCCUCAAGCCAAUACUGCAGCAAGACACUUUGACCUAAACAAAUUAUGGAUAUCAGACAAGGAAUUCACAGCUGGUGUGUACGUCAUCGUCGUGGAAGCCAUGCAGCCCCCCAGUAGACAGGAUCGGUACAAGGCCGUCCAGUCGCUGGUGGACCACCUGGAUGCCAAGGUGAAGGAGACCAAACAAGGGAUCCUCGGCACACUCUCUAAGUGUGUUGCCGUGGCAGUAGACAGCUCUCUAGGUCCGUCUGUACUGGAUAUAUUCCGUACACUGGUCCACCACCUCCGUAUCUCCAUAGAAACUGUUUCAGAAGGCCCCUCCGACCUCACGUCCUCUCUGACCUUUCAGCAAUCCAUCACUAUCACUGUGGGGGAGUUUGCAGGAGUCCUUCCCGACUAUCACAAGCCAGAUAUACUGGGGCUCAUCAACUCUUAUGUACCCGUGGCCUCAGGGGGUCUUGAUAGCGGAGCCACCACUGGACUGUCUGUACAUCCUCUGGCACCUCAUGACACUCAAAACAGCCCCAUGUUGACUACCUCCCUGGUCAAGUGUUUGAGGGCGGUGGCUGACACCUGUCACGCAUCAGUGCUAGAGCCGGCAUUCCCAGGGCAACUGUUUGCCUCCCUCGUUCAAUUGCUCCUCAUACGAGAGCCCAACACACAGCUGGAUGUGGCCCUACUCUGGCAUCGUCUCGUACAAUACCAUGCCAACAAGGACAAGAUUCCUCUCAACACUUACACAGUCUGGAGGGUGUGGUUUAGAAAGGAUUCCUCUCUAAAACAGUCAACUCUCUCUUCACCAAUCUCCUGCACUAGCCCUGCUAACACACUCGCUUUCUACCAACUCGUAUUUCUCCUGACACUGGAAUUCUCUUAUCAAAGGCUCUCAGAUAUACUGGUCUUCCUACACCAGCUGCAAGAGCUUGCUGUGAAGGAGAAAGGUCUUGAGGCACAUCACAGAGUGGUGCUACAUGCUACAGUGGCAGGUGUGCUGUAUCUAGCGUCCAAGAUUAGUCGAAACGAGGUACUCAAGACGCACAUCGAUGGAGUGAUUGCUAAGAGGAAGGAGACAGCUCCGAAGGCUAUUGUGGGACAUUCUUCUAGAAGGAAGUGCAGUCAUCUAGACAUGGAGGAGAAGCUGCUCAAGAGAUAUCAAAUCAUGGACCCGGGUGUCAUGGCUGAGCUGGAGUCAGAAUUGGAACUGGCCAACAGCAAGGCAGAUUUUGUGUGUGUUAUGUCACUGUAAUCGACCCACCCCAUGCUGGAGGCUGAUGUGAGUUGAGACUGAGAAUGAUGCCCUGUCAGUAAUGAACCCGAACACUCACUCAUACCUUCAAGAAGUUUAGCAAUUGGAGACUUGUGACUGGGCAUGGUAAGCUACAGUGGCAGUGAAGAAGUCAGGAGCCUCCAGAGUCCUUCAGUGCAGUGCAGUGCAGGCAGCCUUCUCUCUAUAGCCUCCUUCACAAGGCCUGGCCUGAAGAGCGGCCUGGGGCUCUCUAGCUCUAGCUAGUCUCGAGGCCAGGAGAGUUUGGCCUCGAGACUAUAAUUAUAAGCUGGAACUAUAGGUGUGGCAUGAGGGGGCGUUCAGGAAUAACAGGGCGAGGCCUCAAACAUACUUAGCACAUGGUGCUUGCAGCUGCACCAGACUGCAGCUGCUCAUGCAGCUUUAUACUAUCAUAUCACUGACUGCAUGCCUGUACCCCUGGCCCUGGGCUACCAUGUUCCAUGUACACCAGCUAGGAUCUAGGAGUCAAGAGUCACCUGCAUCUUCAGCUUGAAAGAAAAGACAAUUGCAAAUUUUCUUAAGAGUAGAUAGUACCACCAUCUCAAAGAAAAAAGUUAAGUUCCAUUGCAUGCUGUUGGCGCAUGGCAUGUACAUGAUCCCAAAACUCUCUGAAUUCACAGUUUACAAAUCACUGCUAUACCGUAUCGGCGUAUAACUCCACCAUGUACCAGCUUCAAAGAAAAAGGAUUUAAGUUAUGUUGCUCAUUGCUAAAUAAAUGUGUUUACGUGUUUCUUCCAGCUGCAGAUUUUACCGUACCUCGGCCCCACAAUGUGUACCAGCUAGGAGUCUACUUAACCACCUUCAUCGACUUCAAAAAAACGACUUGCAAGUUAUGUCAGAUUCCAUAAAACUAUAUAGCUAGCUAGAGGGCAACUGUCCCUAGUUUCGACCUUCAUCUGUAGCAUACUGAUUUACGAGUUUGUGUCUUCAUGCACUGGUUUCGACUGGUCAACUUCGUCCAUGGGGUGAUAGCUAGCAUUGUAAUUUACCAGUUUGUGUGUAUGUGUCCUCAUACGUCAGUUACACUGGUUUUGACUGGUCAACUUCGUCCAUGGGGUGAUAGCUAGCAUUGUAAUUUACCAGUUUGUGUGUAUGUGUCCUCAUACGUCAGUUACACUGGUUUCGACUGGUCAACUUCGUCCAUGGGGUGAUAGCUAGCAUUGUAAUUUACCAGUUUGUGUGUAUGUGUCCUCAUGCGUCAGUUACACUGGUUUCGACUGGUCAACUUCGUCCAUGGGGUGAUAGCUAGCAUACUGAUUUACGAGUUUGUGUGUAUGUGUCCUCAUGCGUCAGUUACACUGGUUUCGACUGGUCAACUUCGUCCAUGGGGUGAUAGCUAGCAUUGUAAUUUACCAGUUUGUGUGUAUGUGUCCUCACGUGUCAGUUACACUGGUCGACUGGUCAACUUUGUCCAUGGGGUGAUAGCUAGCAUACUGAUUUACGAGUUUGUGUGUAUGUGUCCUCAUGUGUCAGUUACACUGGUUUCGACUGGUCAACUUCGUCCAUGGGGUGAUAGCUAGCAUACUGAUUUACGAGUUUGUGUGUAUGUGUCCUCAUGUGUCAGUUACACUGGUUUCGACUGGUCAACUUCGUCCAUGGGGUGAUAGCUAUAGCAUACUGAUUUACGAGUUUGUGUGUAUAUGUGUCCUCACGUGUCAGUUACACUGGUCAACUUCGUCCAUGGGGGUGAUAGCUUAUACUAUUUACAUUUUGCACUACAUAUGUGUUGGUAACUAUAGUGACUUCAAUCUUUUGUUCUGUAGGGGCUUAUUGUGACGAAAAUGAUCUGAGGGAUGUAGCGUUCAUGAAACCAAAUGAAACGCCUGCAGUUCACUGUACUGGAAUUUCAAGAAACGCUAAGUGAUGAACACUAAAAACAAUUUACUGACAGAAGAAAUGUAUUGUGCUGCAUGUCAUGUGAUCCAGUGAUCUUAUUCUAUCAUAAACUCA